UACUGUCUUGGUAGACAGCAUGUAGCAUGUUUGCUUCAAACUGAAUCUCAUUACGCGUGCAACGCACCAAGCGAACGGACACAGCAUUAACUCAAAGUAAUGUCACGCAGCAUCAAGUACAUCCAGACUGAUGUCAAUGGAGCCGCCGAGGGGCAGAGACGGAGGGUGGCAAUCAUUGGAGCGGGUCUGGUAGGAUCCUUGGCAGCUCUAAACUUUGCGCGCAUGGGCAACGAUGUGCAUCUUUAUGAGUAUCGCGAGGACAUUCGCACCGCAGAGUUGGUGCAAGGACGCAGCAUUAACUUAGCGUUGUCGCAACGUGGCCGCAAGGCGCUCGCUGCAGUGGGACUUGAGGAGCAGGUGCUGGCCACUGCGAUACCCAUGCGUGGCAGGAUGUUGCACAAUGUGCGUGGUCGGACCAGCAUUGUCCUUUACGAUCCCUGCACAAAGCAAUGUCUCUACUCUGUGGGACGCAAGCAACUCAAUGAGGUGCUGUUGAAUGCCUGCGAUGCAUUCCCUAACAUCAGCUGUCACUUCGAGCAUAAACUGACCACGGCCAACAUCAGAGAGGGUCACAUGCAGUUCAAGGUGCCGCACGAAGAGCAGCUAAUCUCGGCCAGCGCUGAUCUGGUUGUGGGUUGCGAUGGCGCCUUUAGCUCGUUGCGUCAACAGUUGGUGCGCACGCCGGGCUUCAAUUACUCGCAGGAAUACAUUGCCACCGGGUAUCUGGAGUUGUGCAUACCCGCCAAGAAUGGCGAUUUUCAGAUGCCGCCCAAUUAUCUGCACAUUUGGCCACGCGACUCCUUCAUGAUGAUCGCCCUGCCUAAUCAGGACAAAUCUUUCACGGUCACGCUUUCAAUGCCCUUUGAGCUGUUCGCUCAACUGAAGACACAUCAACAGCUUUUGGAUUUCUUUCGCCAGCACUAUGUGGAUGCCCUGCCUCUGAUUGGUGAGGAGCAGUUGAUCAAGGACUUUUUCAAGACACGUCCACAGCAUUUGCUGUCCGUCAAGUGCAAGCCAUAUCAUUUUGCGGACAAGGCGCUUAUCCUGGGAGAUGCAGCACAUGCCAUGGUUCCCUACUAUGGUCAGGGCAUGAAUGCAGGAAUGGAGGAUGUAACCCUGCUUACGUCCAUACUCAACGAACAGCUGCCGCUGGACGAGGCGUUGGCCAAGUUCACAGAGUCACGCUGGCAGGAUGCCUUCGCCAUUUGUGAUCUGGCCAUGUACAACUAUGUGGAGAUGCGUGAUCUGACCAAGCGUUUGUCUUUUCGCUGUCGCAAGUGGCUGGACACAACGUUGUUCCGCCUCUUCCCUCGUCAGUGGGUGCCGCUCUACAACAGCGUCUCGUUCUCCAGCAUGCCGUACAGUCAGUGCAUUGCGAAUCGCCAAUGGCAGGACAGAUUGCUGCACAAGACGUUGAGCUUUAGUCUGCUGGCCAGCUGUCUCGUUGCUGGCGCCAUCUAUGCGCGACGUUGGCGUUAAAGUAAACAUACAUACAUUUUCCCACAACCUUUGUCAAUAUUUCUUAGUAUAAGUUUAUAAUUUUUCAUUUGUUUUCAAUACAAUUUUUAUGAAUAUAUUCAAUGUCAUGCUGUUUGAAUUUGUAACGGCCGAUAACGAUUAGCAGCCUCUAAUCGAUAACUCUCGCACUUUUAACAGUUCUAGGCAAAGAAACACACACAUGCUCAUACAUACACACCCACACACUAAAAUGUAAAUGUGAUGAAUCUUACAGACACACGCACGUACAUACAUACAUACAUAUUUAAAAUAACUCUUUAGCGUGUUGUUAAAUACUACGCAUCGCAUUUUGGCAAUCUAAACUGUUGUAUUCACAUACACACAAGCAUACACAUACAUACAUAUAUUUAUAAUUUUAUUUAUUUCUAUUUAUUUACGGCAUUGUGCGCAGCCAGAAAUAUGCCGCUCUAAUGUACAAUUAAAAAAAUUCUUUACAUACAUACAUACAAACAUUUGUGUGUAUGUAUUUUGUCACGUGUGCCAUCGGAUGUUUAUUGCGCGAAUAUCCAAACUAAAAACUAAGAGAAAAUGUUAUGAUUAACCUCACUUAUUGGCUGUGGCAGCUAAACAAAAUGGCAGCACUGGCAUUCAAAUGGCACCACUGCACCUUGGUUCGAAACGCCAUAUGAGUGCCAUAAAAUCAAAUAUUGCAGGCAAGGUCGGCGCUUUCUCUCGCCUUGCGCGCUCUAACCACAUCGCUCGCUCAUUCACCUCUCUCGCUCGCUAUCUCUCUCUCUCUCUCUCUUUCAAUGUCGACGCCGGCCGGUAUUUCAUUAUGACUUGUAACAACAACAAUUUCACAUUACAAUCAAAUCAACGGCUAAUCUUCCAACUUAAAAGCUAACAAAAAGCUUCUUCGUUACGUUGCGUUGCGUUCUCUUUAUCGCCUCUGCCUUGCCUAUGCCUUCUCCCUCUGGCAAUCACUGCCUGUUUAUCUGUGUUCACAUAUUGUGGGCACGUUUCUAUGGAGUUGCCAGCAAAAAUGAGCAAUAGGCGGCAGCCACAUGGUGCUUUAGCAGAAACUGGGCUUAAAAGUGAAAACGAUGCCAAAACAAUGGUCAGUCAGCCAGUCAAUCGACGCCUGACCCACUGCUGUGAGAAAUGAGAUGGCAAGUUUGUAUGUGAUGAGAGAUAUAGAGAGAAUGAAACGCGUCAAAAAAGCGCUCUCUCUCUAGUUCAACGCUCAGAUCAUCUACUAAUUGUUGUUGGCUCAUUUCGCAGCGAUUAAAUGAGUAUGUGGAAAUGUUUAAAUUGUACAUAUACAAUAAACACAUACAUAUCUACAUAUGCUUAUGUAAAUGUGUCGUAUUUGUUGCCAUGUACAAACACACAAACCUACAUACAUACAUACCUACAUGGUUACAUACAAAUGUAUGCCGCCGGCGACUUAGUUAUUUGUGAACUUUUCUUUGCUUACUUUUUAUUUCAGCUUUUUUGUUUUUGUUUUUCAAUUUUGCUCUCUAGAAUUGUUGUCGCCGUCGCACAGUGGGCUGCAAACUUCCGCUGACAGUCAAUCUAAGAAUCGUUACAUUCGUUAUCGAUACAUAUUUAGUCAGCACACGUCAAUGUCACAAAGUGUACGAGUGUAAUAAUUAGAGAGAAUAGAAAAUCUUUUUCGACAUGAAUUUCAAUAUUUAUUAAGCUGCGAAAUUUCAAUGCAAAGCGAACGAUAAGUUUUGCACCACAUAACCGUAUAAAUUUUACCCGAUGGAAUUCGCGCUCAGACCAUAGUGCGUUGUCGACGUCCGCGACGCGUAGCUGCCGCGAUUUAUACAAACAUACGCCUUUGCUUAAGCAACGACCAUCAGUUGCUCGUCACAUGUUCGACACUCAAGUAGAGAGAAGACACCUCAAGAAAAUUCAAAUUUCAAAUUCUUGCAGAAAAUUGAACAAACGAUCUUUUCUGUGACCAUCUACCAUCCACCAUUAUCAUUAAACUAAUAACUACAACAACAGCACAGCGAAUUCCAAUAAGAAAACGACAUAUCUGAAACGCUGUUAAAACCGUUGGAAGUGGAAGUGCGAAGUAUUGACGAGUUUUGAACGUUUUUUAAGGCAAUUUAAUUAGUUGCCAACGCGCGCGCGUUCCGUUUGUCGUCGCCCCCACAACAUUCUCGAAACUUUUGUCAGCGGAUAUUGAGCAACGUGCUUUUUGUCCACGCGUGUGUGUGUGCGUCUGCGUAUGCGUGUGUUGAAAAGGAAAGCAAAAUCAAAUUAAAUAAUUAAUAAACACCCAGCCAUUAGGGUUUUAUAUGUCACGUCAAUAGUGUAAAAGAAAACAAAAAAAAAAAAUAAUUUAAAAAAAAUACAAAAAUUAAAAAGCCUGCUGUGCGUUCGGUCAUUCACGUAAUAUAAUUGUAGCGAAACAAAUUAAGCAUUUACCAUCUUGCGCUUUGUGGCGGUUUGACGAUCAACAUAAAUAUCGAUACAUUUCAAGUCCUAGAGCCUACAAUUGAGCACACUGCACCUGAAACGGUUUGCAUUAAUGCUUGGACUGUUUCCGCGCUCUCUUUUCUCUCGCUAUUAAUUUGCCGAUUCUUCGUGCUGAUUUAUUUUAAUACAAACAUAUUGAUCGUGACUGUGUGUUUGUGCACUCAAUAUAUAUACAUAACUUACACAUUGUCGGCUUGUCAAAACUUUGUAAUCGUGUAAGCGUAACCAAUAACGUCAGAGAAACAAAUAACGUGUAACGCGUCGCGUCGCACUGGUUUACCGCGUCUCUCACCUCUCACCUAUUUCCACCUAUCAGCACCUCUUUGAGUGACAGUGCAUCUUAUUCGCACGCACUUACACAAACGGUUAAACGGACAGUUUUUGUUACGUGCUUUCGCUGUCGCCAUCUUACUUGGUGACUUCCCUUUUGGCGUCGUCGUUGUUGUCCUCGCCGUGGCCGUGGUCUAAGCAAAUAGCAAAUACUCUCCCCCAUCUUUCGCUCUCGUUGUCGCUCUCUUUUCGUCGUGCAUCUCAGUCUGUACGUGUGGUAAAGAAAGCAAAACGUUGAAUCUCGCUAGCAUUGCGAGCUCUUGUAAACUGUGACUUUGGAUUAUGGCCGUUUAAGCACGAGUUAUCGCUCAAUUGUUUCAGGGCAAACUUUCAGAAGAGAAGACAAGCGAAAGAGCAUUUGCACAAAAUAAAACGACAGUGAGCCAACAGAAAACAGGCAACAAACCGCAAAAAAAAAAAACAAAAAAUUAAAAAAUAAAAACAACGAAAACGAAAACAACAUAAAGAAAUGAAUUUGUGAUUAUAAAUAUUUCAAAGGUAGUACAACAAAAGCUCAUUUAAUAAAACAACAAAAAUUAAAAAAAAAA